AGUAAUAAAAUUUUAAUACAAGUCAGGUUAUUAUGGAACUUCUUAGUUACUUCUACAUCUGAGAUAGAAGUGAGAAGUCUGCAAAAUUAAAGUCAGAAAAACGUUAGGUUUUUGUAAUUUGUUCUUGCGUUUUGAGAAGAACGUGAGUAACAGUCUGUUUCUAAUUUUCGUUCGUUGAAUUCCGAUAUGGCUACGCGACAAUCCCCGCGCUUCAAGCGCAAAACUCCUCGAGAAGAGGAGACGACUCCGACGCCAGAGCCCGAGAAAGCCAGCAUGGACUACGAAUCGGACGAUGACAGUGUGGGUGAGCCAUCCGCAGAAGACAUCGCCAAAUGCGAUGUCUACGCGCUGAACGGGACCACCAGCCGCCUGUACAAAUCUAUUAUCAAGCAGCAUAAAGCGGAGAAUCUCGUCGUCUGUCCCAUCGCCAUCUUCAACGAUCUCCAUCUGGCUUACUUACUGAGCAAAGGCCAGACUAAGGAUGAACUGCAAAAAGCCUUCUUCGGAUUCGAUCAACAAUUAGACGCCAAAUCUGGCGUGUCGACUGGUUCCAAAGGGGAGGGAUUGCAGGCCAAUGUGCAGCAGAUUCAGCGCUUGGCCAGUACUGGUUCGGGAGCAAAAAAUGCCCCGUUCCAGCUGCUGACUGAAGGCAUGUUGGUGGUCAGCUCGCAUUUGGAGUUGAGUACGAAGAAUAAUCUGGUGCAGGUGGAUUGGAAUGAUAAGGAUGCAGCCCGCAGUAAGAUCAAUCGGCAGUUGCAGGGGAAGACGGAGAAGCGUGUCGCGGAACUGGUGAAGACGGAGCAUAUUCCCGGGAAGAAUAAUUCGGGGCUGCUUGUCAGUGCGGCGCGUUUUUCGGCUAAUUGGGAGAGUAAAUUCUUGAGCAAGAGCCGGACCGCGUACGCAAUGCCUAGUCGGGAUUUUAUGGAUGGAUUGCCGAUGAGUAUGGAAGAUUUCCAUAAUGCGGAUGGAAGUGUCAAGAAAGUUCUGACGGUGCAUUUGGAGGAAAAAAUCAUGUUGACCCGCGAUGAAGAUCUCAAAGUGACCAUUCUAGAGCUUCCCUUUAAGAAGUACGCCAUGAACAUGAUUGUGGUUCUGCCGGAUGAUACCACAUCUAACGGUCUGCGCCAUUUCGAAGAAAACAUCAAUCAUCAGACCUUCGAGAUUUUGCAGAAGAACGCACAAAUGCCGUUGACGCGUGUGUAUCUUCCCAAGUUCAACGUGGAUUCGGAAGUGUCGUUGAACAAGAGCCUUACCGAUAUCGGCGUAAAACACCUGUUCGACGCUGGUGGCUUAUUUUCCAGUAACACGGAUUGGGCAGAUUUGACUUCCUCUGGGGAUGCUCUGACGCACAUUACGGACGUUCUGCACGGCGCCAGUUUCAGUGUUUCGGGCGAAUGCGAUGCACCAGCACAGCAGAAUAAGUCGGGAUCUAAGAAAGCAAAACGCGACGACGGCAACGAUACCAACGGGAAUAUUCCGCCGCAGUGUGUGCAGCUGGAGAGUGCCCGUUUCGCUACCGGCAUGCACAUCAACCGGCCGUUCUUCUUCAUGGUGCAGAGCAGCUGGCCGACCAUCUGGUCCUUUAUGGGACAUGUCCAGCAUCUGGAGGAAGCCGAUUCGGCCGUAUGGCGUCAUUUGACUCUCCCAUAAUAAACGUAUCUCACCAGGAUUUUCCCUGUGUAAGGUGUUUGUUUUAACGGAACCAGUAAUCUUGUGGAUUCUGCAUUUAAGUGUGUGGAGUUUUACAGACGACUUUUUCUCCAGUAUUGGUUGUUUUAUCAGCACACGUUUUCCACGUAUCUUGUCGGUUUUCUUUUUUGAACUUCCUGGUUAAAUCGUUUUAUCCUUCAAAGUAUUGUGGUUGUUAGUCAACUUGUCACAUUUUACAGGUUUUGUGUGUAAUAGUUUCAUUAAAAGCGGUGUAAAAGG